AUUAAUCAGCUGAAUCUUCUUGUUCGGAACUCGUUGCAGAAAGCGGAGGGAUUGAGAGACUCGAAGCAAGCGCAGCCGAAGAAGGAGAUGGACAACGAUAACGAUUUCACAUUUUGUCAGGUCGAGAAGAGUGUGGACUCGGGGAUCGAUCAAAUUAAUGAAAACCAAACCAACGGUUUUCUAUGGAACAGCAACAACAAAGAAGUAGCCGCGAAGAAGGAGGAGAGAGCUGGGUCUUUGGCGUUUAAUGUUAUUGAUGCUUCUUCGUCAUCUUCUGAUGGUAAAAGUUCAGGCAAAGUUCCGGCUCGAAAGCGGGCUUCUCGGACUAAGGUUCCGUUUGAGAAAGGUUAUAGCCAAGUUGAUUGGCUUAGGCUUACCCAAACUCAUCCUGAUCUUGCUGGAUUGAAGGGGCAGUCAAACAAGAGGCUUAUCACUAUGGAUGAAGUGAAACAAAAUAAAAAAGAAGGUUCCAUGUGGACUGUCUUAAAAGGUCGCGUUUAUAAUUUAUCUCCAUACAUGAAGUUUCACCCUGGAGGUGUUGAUAUGCUGAUGAAGGCAGUGGGUAAAGACAGUACAUCUUUAUUCAAUAAAUACCAUGCUUGGGUAAAUGCUGAGUUCUUAUUGGCGAAGUGCUUGGUGGGUACAUUGGAGAAAGUGGGUGAAGGCCAUGAUUCUUCAAAAAUUUAGAAGUUGCUCCCUUCCAUCACAUCAUUCAUACUGGCCUCAACCAUUCCUUUUUUCAUGUUGUAUUAUUUAAAGAUGUAUACUAUUUUACCCCUUUUUUAGCCAGUGGGGGAACGAUUUCUUUACACCUUUUGGGUGUUUGAUUCAUACAAAGAUCAACAUUUACAAUAAAAAUGUACAUUUGUAGAUGAAUUGUUGUAAUAAUUUACCACACAUGGGUUUUUAUCUCAUCUUGAAUGGCAGAUGCUCAGUCUUC